AUGACAGUAUGGAUCAUCAGUAGUAACUAAUACGGACCCUGUAAACGUCAUACAUGUAGUAUCAUAUAAUAAUUGGUCACGUGUGUUUCCACGAAGUGAAUUCAGGCGUACUAUUCACGGAAACUGUUUAUCUAGAAGUCGCCCUGAUUUUUAAAUAACAACCUGUUUGAGCAGUGCUGUCUUGGCAGAGCAGAUUUAAUACGAAGGAUAUAAAAGCCCAAAAUGAGUGCAACCAGACGUCCAACUGAUGGGCAGGUUUCCAGAACCGUAACAGCUGUGUCUGGAAGUCAAGCAAGUUCUUCAACGCCAUCUUUCCCAGGACAGGGACACCCCUUGGUCUCCGGACCUCAAUCAAUGAAAGAUUGGCAAUUUUAUUUCGACACAUUAGCACCAGGAUUAUCGGCAAAACUAGAUGACCUGGGAACCUAUUUGGGGGUUUCAACUGAUAAAUUGGAUACCAUCCGAAAGGAAUACCCAACUCAGCAGCAUGAGAUAUGUUUUCACUUGUUAUGGACAUGGUACAAGAACAGCACUACAUCUGGAAAGAAUGAUGGCGAGAAGCUGAAGAAUUUACAUCAGGCUUUGGAAGACGUUGGGCUACAUAUUCUUACUCAUGAGGACAUUCCAUCGAGGGGAAAUUAUCAAUUUACCGGAGAAGUUAUCAGCGGCACAACCUCUUUCAAGGACGAUAGGGAAAUACUAAAAGUAGCCAAGAGGACUUUGACUGCUUCUGCCCGACUCGGGAGGUAUUUUGGAUUGGAGGAAGAAGACAUACAACGUGUUGUCAGCGAUAACAAUUCAGAAACCGUCAAACAAGCACGGGGUAUUAUUAAGGCUUGUGUAGAUCGCAAUCUUCUGCAAACUCGUCAAGAUCUCUGCAACGGACUUAACUAUAUACAGGAUACCAAAAUGAUUGACGAAAUGAAAAAAACUUGGUCUUGUUAAAGGUUGUAUUUCACAAAGAGAACGUUUUGAUUGUUCCUGUUGGACUUGAUGCCCUUGACCAAGGCAAUAUGAAAAGUUUAUUUUGAUUGCAAGGAAUUAAAACAAACUUGGUUAUAAUUAAAUGCAUCAUUUUUUAAAAGUAACUUGGUAAAAAAUAUUUUAUUCAAUAGCACGAAGCAAACACGAACGGACUCUCCAAACGCCAUACCACACGAAGGAAUUACAAUGAUAUAUUGAUGUUGAUUAUAAACUUUUCCCUCAUUCUUCAAUAACGAUCAAAUAUUUCAUCACUAACAUCUGGCCUUCCUACAGAAGGUUAUGGUGUAAGACUGAUAAAGAAUAAUAAAUAAUAGCCUAUAUUAUUGAUAACGGAGGGAGAAGAUAAAUGUACAAUCUACACAUUGUCCUUAUAUCUUAAGGUUUUUCUAAGUUUGUGUAUAUGUAUAUACUCUUGGUUGUCCCACGCUGGCCAAAAUAAAUAGAUAUUUUGCUACCAAGCCUU